AGAAAUGUAGAUUGGGUACCGCGCGCGCGCACCUCAGCUCGCGCAGCGCACGACCGACUCUUUCCAGCCUCAACAAUACACAGGACGUGAGGACAUGAAUCCUGGAAAACCCUGAGAAAAGUCGUCGUAGGCAACUCGUUUUUUAAAUUUGAAACAAACAAACAAAAAUCCUAACAUUAAAUCACUUAAACAACACGGAGACACACAAAAAAAGAGGCGCGAUGCUCGGAGCCGUGAAAUAUGGGACAGCGGUCGUUCUCCUGUUGUUUACUGCAUUGCUCCUCUUCACCGGAGCCACCGAGGAGGGAAUUUAUACAAACCAUCUUUUAGUGCAAUUACACGAGGGAGGGAAUGAAGAGGCUCACCAACUUGCACUUGAGUAUGGCUUUGGGAGUGCCAGACAGCUUCCCUUUGGCGAGAGACUUUUUCAUUUCUACCCUCGGGACACUCCUAAAGCGAAGAGGAAACGCAGCCUUCGUCUCCACCAGCAUCUGGAUAAGGACCGACGGGUAAAGAAAGUGGUUGUACAGGAGGGGUUCGAACGUCAGAAGAGAGGCUAUCGAGACAUCAAUGACUUUGACAUCAGUUUGAACGAUCCACUUUUUUCCAAGCAGUGGUACCUCAUAAAUACAGGACAAGCGGACGGCACUCCAGGGCUGGACCUCAACGUGGCUGAGGCCUGGAAGAUGGGCUACACUGGAAAAGGAGUGACCAUCGCCAUCAUGGAUGAUGGUAUUGACUAUUUACACCCAGACCUUGCUUCCAAUUACAAUGCAGAGGCCAGCUAUGACUUCAGCAGCAAUGACCCGUACCCAUACCCUCGCUACACGGAUGAUUGGUUUAACAGCCACGGGACCAGAUGUGCCGGAGAGGUGUCUGCAGUGGCUAACAACAACAUCUGUGGCGUAGGAGUGGCCUACAAUUCCAAAGUAGCCGGGAUCCGGAUGCUGGACCAGCCAUUCAUGACGGACAUCAUUGAAGCCUCCUCAAUCAGUCACAUGCCACAGGUUAUUGACAUCUACAGUGCUAGCUGGGGUCCCACUGAUGACGGCAAGACAGUGGAUGGGCCUCGUGAACUAACCCUUCAGGCCAUGGCAGAUGGCGUCAACAAGGGCCGAGGAGGGAAAGGCAGUAUAUAUGUGUGGGCUUCAGGGGAUGGUGGUGGCUAUGAUGACUGCAACUGCGAUGGCUAUGCCUCCAGCAUGUGGACCAUCUCUAUUAACUCGGCCAUUAACGAUGGACGCACGGCUUUGUAUGACGAGAGCUGCUCCUCCACACUCGCCUCGACAUUCAGCAACGGACGCAAGAGAAACCCCGAAGCAGGAGUGGCCACCACAGAUCUGUAUGGAAAUUGUACGUUGCGUCAUUCAGGCACAUCAGCCGCUGCUCCCGAGGCUGCUGGUGUGUUUGCCUUGGCAUUGGAAGCCAAUCCAAACCUUACCUGGAGAGACAUGCAGCACCUCACAGUGCUCACUUCGAAGAGGAAUAAACUCCAUGAUGAGGUACACCAGUGGAGGAGAAACGGUGUGGGCUUGGAGUUCAACCAUCUGUUCGGCUAUGGCGUGCUGGACGCCGGUGCCAUGGUCAGCCUGGCACGCGACUGGAAGACUGUGCCUGAGCGUUUUCACUGUGUGGCCGGAUCAGUGCAGGAGACACACAAGAUCCAGUCAGGUUCCAAGCUAGCACUCACCAUCACUACAGACGCGUGUCAGGGCCGAGAGAACUUUGUGCGUUAUCUGGAGCAUGUGCAGGCGGUGGUGACAGUGAACGCCAGCCGGCGAGGUGAGCUCAUGCUCAACCUGACUUCACCCAUGGGCACCAAGUCCAUCCUGCUGAGCCGGCGGCCGCGUGACUCCGACUCCACUGUAGGGUUCGACAAGUGGCCUUUCAUGAGCACGCACACAUGGGGCGAGGACCCUCGAGGCACCUGGAAGCUCGAAGUCGGUUUCAGCGGAGAAUCUCCACAGAGCGGCUAUCUACACGAGUGGACCCUCAUGCUGCAUGGCACACAGAGUGCGCCCUACAUAGAGCAAGUGGUCAGGGACUACCAGUCCAAAUUAGCCAUGUCCAAAAAGGAGGAGCUGGAGGAGGAGCUGGAUGAAGCUGUCGAAAGGAGCCUUGAGAGGAUGAUGAGCAAAAGCAACUAGCCUCAGUCUGAACUGCAUGAUGCCUGCCUUCUCUCCCUUUCUUCAUCUCACUUUCCUUCUCAGUGUAUCUCUCUCUUUCUCUCUUUCUUGCUCCUAUAUUUUUUUCUGUGGUCACAAGUUCCCUGUUGAAUGAUUGUUUCAUGUAGGCCGCAUAAAUAAAAAAGUAUAUUCUACAAAAUGACCUAUUCUACAAGAUAUUACCUCUUGUAUUCUCUUCUCUUUUUAUAAUUUCUAGAAAAUGUAUAUAGACAAUAUAUACCUAUAUAUAUAUAUAAAUUUAUUGAUGCCCUUGCUGUCUCCUCACCUCUUCAAAGACUUCUGUACAGUUUGUGACUGUAAAUGAUUCUCUGUGUUAUUCUACCUAAAAGACUAGUACCUUGCUAAAAGAGCAGUGACCUUGAUUUUUGUUUUAUUUUGAUUUUUUUUUAACAAGACCUAUUUAUAUCUAAACAGGGAGACGUAAUGUGUGAUCACAGCUUGUGGCCAACGAGAAAACCUAUUUCAUAACCUUCAGUAUAUCUAUAAAUAAAUCUGUUCUGUUGUUUGUUAAAGCAUUCGAGUGACACUGAGGAUGUUUUACAACACACGAACAAUAGGAUUUUCAGGAUUAAUCACAGAAACAGAUUUUCAGUAAUAAACAGAAACCGAUUGCAUCCAUUAA